AUGGCCGACAACCACAAUGACGACGACCUCGGUGCAGGCAACCUCUUCGCCGACCCAGAGGGCUUCUACCCCGAGGAAGAACAGCCCACCUUCUCCUCGCACCAGAUGCUAUCAGGACAGACAAUCCGCGUGCGCCUAGUCGGCAGCCAUCCUCUCUACGGUAACAUGCUCUGGAACGCCGGACGCAUAAGCGCCGAAUACCUCGAACAAAACGCCCCGCGCCUCGUCGCGAACAAAAACGUACUCGAAAUCGGCGCUGCGGCAGGUGUGCCCAGUAUCAUCGCCGCGAUCAAGGGCGCGCGCACAGUCGUUAUGACGGAUUACUCUGAUCCAGAUCUGGUGGAUAACAUGCGCCGAAACGCGGAUGCCGCUGCGCCCAUGAUUCCGGAGGGUUCACAGUUGCAUGUCGCGGGAUAUAAAUGGGGCGCAGAUACUGAUGAAAUUAUGUCUUUUUUACCGGGCGAUAGUACUACGACAAAGGCAUUUGAUACUUUGAUUAUGGCGGAUGUGGUAUAUAGUCAUCGCGAGCAUCCAAAUCUCAUCAAGACGAUGCAAGAGACUUUGAAAAAGUCGAGGGAUGCUGUGGCGUUGGUUAUAUUUACGCCGUAUCAGCCGUGGUUACUGCCCAAAACAGAAAAAUUCUUUCCUCUGGCGGAGGAGAAUGGGUUUGUGGUGACAAAAGUCUUUGAGAAGGUUUUGGAUAAGGUCUUGUUUGAGGAUGAUCCUGGGGAUGAAACACUCCGUCGCACCGUGUUUGGAUACGAGAUCCGAUGGGCUGAAGAAAAUUUAUAA